AUGCACUCGCUUGUAAGAGAUAUAAUAAUUCAAAACGUCGAAUACGAAAUCUUGCCCUAUCAGUUUCUUUUACUGACAUUUUGGGGCAUAUGGUAUCCACAAAAUUGGUCAUUAUGGGCUGCCAAUAUUCAAAAAUCAUAUUUUGUGUUCAUAAGUUUCUUAGACAUCAUAAUUUGCACGGAAAUGCUCAUUUUUUUUAUAAAUAGUUUUGGAACUUCAAAUUUCAAACUUAUAAACUUUUUUUUCGUCAGUGCAAAUAUUACCGGAGUUUAUAAAGCUAUCAAAUUAAUGCUUAAUCGAAAAAUGAUCCGUGAAUUUCUUCUUACUUAUUUCGAUGCUGACUGGAGAACACCGAAAGAUAAAAUUGAACAAAAAAUUCACGAUGAUAUUAAUGCAAAAAUUAAGCGAGUAACAUUAAUAUAUUCAGUUUCCAUGCUGGGAAUUGUUAUGAUGAAAGCAAUGUCACCAUUGACAGGAUCUAAUUCAGUGUCUUUACCGGUCGAGGCUUGGUACCCGUACAAAGUCGAAAAAACUAGCUGGUACUGGCUUACUUAUUUGCAUCAAUGCAUUCUUGGCUCAUCAGCGGUCUGCGCUCACAUUGGAAUAGACACUCUGUUUAUGGGGCUUUUGCUAAAAACAUCGUAUCAGUUAGAAGUUUUGAAGCAUCGUCUCAGAAGUUUAAACAUUUCGCUUCUUUCUCUGAAUGGAAAAGGUUCCACAUUAUCUAUCGAAAAUGAAAAGAUGCUAAUAAUAGAAUGUAUAAAAUAUCAUCAACGCAUUUACAGUUUUGGAAAAAAGUUAAAUGAUAAAUUUCAAGAUAUCCUUAUAAUUUUAGUCGUAUCCUCUUUACCAAAUAUAUGCAUAAACAUUUACGCUCUAUCUACCUAUACCAGUCGAACAAAAAUUGAUAUAAUUGCCACUUUAUUUUGUACAACAUCUGCAUUCAUGCAAUUUUUUAUUGCCUGUUGGUUUGGAAAUGAAAUCACUUGGAAUAGUAUAAACGUCAGAGAUGCAUUAUAUGAUUUGGAUUGGACAGUAUUUAAUUUAGAUAGUCAAAAAUUGUUCAUCUUCAUAAUGACACGAUCGAUGCGCCCAAUGCAAUUUAAAAUAGGAUAUUUAUUAUCCUUAAAUCUGGAUUCCUUUAUAAAAAUUAUCAAAGCAUCUUACUCAUCUUUUAAUAUUCUUCAACAAACAACACAUUAA